GUUGCCAUGGAGGAGAUAAAGUAGUCACCACUCCUAAACACUUCGACGACCACCGCUACCGCCGCCGCCAAUAGAGAGCAAAAAACGUCUGUUAUGUCUAGAACCAAGAAGGAUUGCUUAGCUUUUGCACUUUCUUUGCAAGAGGGUUGUCGAUAUGUCAAAGCCAUCUUAGUUGGCCAGGCAAAAAAGCUGAAAGCAAGAAACGAGAAGGAAGUGAUGGCAGCUGAAUUACAAGCUCAAAAAUGGCAGGUUGAAGCAGCUGAUGAGGCUGAGAAUGCUAAGGAAAGAAUCUACAAAUCCAUGUAAUCAAAAUACAUUAGUCUACAUUAAUUAACGUGUUGCCUUCUUUUCAUACAA